GUGUGGGUGUGAUUAGUGCAUAGCACUUGCUCCAUGGUUCUUUAUUCUGGCUGUAACUGUGCUGUGCGUACGGCUGCAUUUUCAAGGGCGCGUUCCUCUUGGCGGAGCUGCACUGUCGCUCUCCACACGUGCAAGUGUCAAGAAAAAUAUUUCAGCACUGGAGCUGUCCACUUCAGCGUUUUGACGGACUCUUGUCACUCUUAUCACGGAUAGGUAAUUCGUGUCACAUUUGCAGUAUAUAUUUGUGAAAUCCAGGCUAUUUUGUGUAGGCUAAACGCGUACUUUUCAUUCAAUCGAAGCCUUGCAAUGCUGGGUAGCUGUUCGUGAGACACAAGGAAAAAAAGUCCCAAAUCGCGGUGGAGAGUUGUCCGAUUUUAUCUCAGUAAUGGGAGUGCUCAUGUCUAAGAAGCAGCAGGUGCAGAAAUGCACCUCGGUCGUCUCUGCCUUUCAGCAGGGCAUGAAGGAACGCCCUCCAACCACAACAAACCAGGGGGAAAGAUCUGGAGAGGGGCCGGCUGAAUCCUUGCCACUACCAAAUCCAAAGGAGGAGGGGGAGCACGGGGAGGCAGACGUCAAAGUGGGACCCUCUGGGACCUCCCAGCAAGCUGCUGCUCCAGGUCCGGCUCCCACCAGGGACGAGUGUAAGGUCAACCAGGAGGCCUGGAAUAGGUUACGGGAUGGGAAGGGGGUGGAACCUGAGGAUCUGGACAAGACCGGCCAUCAGCUCAUCCCACCUGCAUUUGUACGUCCCAAGAGAGAUGCCAAUGAUGACCAGCCUGUUGAAAUAGCACUGGGACAGAGAGAGCAGCCGGUCAAUGAUGAGAUGUGCGAGGUGUGUGAGGUGUGGACGGCCAACGACCUGUUCCCCUGCAGGACCUGCACACGAGUCUUCCAUGACGGCUGUCUGAGGGAGUUGGGCUACCUGCGCACCGAACUCCUGCAGGAGAUGAGGGAGACAGCACACACUUCGACAGGCUGGAGCUGCUACUACUGCGACAAUGUGAACCUGCUUCUGACUGAAGAGGAGAUGUACAGCCUAAUGGAAACCUUCAAGCAGUGCAAGAUCAUCCCUGAGUCGUGCCUGGUGUCAGAUGAGCUGCUGCAGUACCGCCACUUUGUGUCCAAGCAACUGUUUGAGAAGGACCUGUCUGAUGAGCAGGAAGAGGAGGUACUGGCUCAGUUCGCUGCCCUGGACUCAGAGAAGAGGGGCCAGAUUGAGUGGUCUGACUUCCUAUACCAUGAGUCCUUGGGAGUGCUCAGGAAGUUCCGCACAGAGAACUCGUUGGUGCGUCUGUUGAGCGCUAAGGAGAGAGACCACGUGCGGUCAGUGUUCGUGGGUUUGGACCUGGAUAAAGAUGGUGUAGUCACAGGAGCAGAGACCCGCUGGGCCCAGCAGUCCUGGUUUCAGAAGUUCAGCAAGGAGUCCCAGUCCUGCAACGUGAGACUCUUUGGAUUGUGUUCUCCUGUGAAUUGUGGUAUUAGCCACGUUGGCCCCAUAUCUGAGAGCAGUCCAGCCAGCUCCAGCAGUGAGAGAAGCAGUCAGAAAGAUGACAACAGACCAGUGAGCUGGGAAGAUUUCCUGAGGGAGAGUGCCAUCUACAUCCUGGCUGCACGGCCCAACAGCUUGGCCAUGCACAUCCGCCUACCACUAUAGCCCACGAGACCUCACCCUGCCUGGGAGAGCAUAUACCAUGGCACUAUAGGGGACAAACCUGAGCAAAUAGAGGAAUACUGCACUACUAAGAGACUGGACAGAACAAGCCAUCAACAGAUCUCCUGCUUCACACCACCGAUCAACGACCCACUGACAACCACCGAUCAACGACCCACUGACACCACCGAUCAACGACCCACUGACACCACCGAUCAACGACCCACUGACACCACCGAUCAACGGCCCACUGAAAACAACAUUCAAUGACCUACAAGUACUUACUGACAGUAAAAUGACAACACAAGCUGACAACCCACUUGUUAGAGACACUCAUGAAACACUAAGGAUAAAAAGGCAACGGGCCAUUUUCACACACAAGCCAACAAUUCAGUGGUGCUUUGAAGGCUCGGGGUAUCCCGGGAGGCUCACUUUCCCCUAAAUCAGUGCUUCCCAACUCCGGUUCUUGAUUUCUCCCAACGGCACACAUUUUUGUUGUUGCCCCGCACAAAUUAAAUCAGAUGUUUUUGUCAAGGGCUUCAUGAUUAGUUGACAAGUAAAAUCAGGUGUGUUUGUCUGGGGCCACAACACAAAUAUGUACCUUUUGGUGUACUUGAGGACCGGAGUUGGGGAAACUAAAUGAUUACUUGAUACAUUCCAUUUGUCAUGUUACAGUCUAAGACACCUUUUGUGUGAUCAAUUUUGAAUUGGAUAAGAAUGACAUUGAUAGCAUACGACUAUCACAUAACCUGCUAUUGGUUCAAGCAUCUUAUUUGGAUCAUCUUCUGUAAUUGUAUCAUAAUUGUUGAAAGUAAAAUAGUAUCUCUGUCAUUGAGGGAGAUUUUGAAGCCCCUUCAAAUCUUGGUUGAUGAACGGAUAGACUUCUGUGUUAAGACUGACAGUGCAACUGCUUCCUGAUCAGCACAUGUACCAAACAGGAAUAAAAGCUAUGUGCAUACGUAAUAUUAUAUAUCGAGACAUAUGCCACAUAAGUAUAAUGACAUAUAUUAUUAUGCAUUUAAAACACUAUUUAUUCUACCCUCCAUUUUUACACUCACUUGUUUAAGAUCCAUUUGUUAUCUUUAAGCGAAGACUAUGAUGAAGGUUGUGAAUUUGUUGUUGUAUUGGACACUAAUCCAGUAGCUGGGCCUGUUCAUUCACCUAUAAGUAUAUUUGCUCCUGUACUGUAGUAGCCUUCUACAACCACUGCACAUGACAAAGUGGAAUACUCUGCUGCUGCCAUUCUAAUAUUUGAUUUGAACACUGAAAUGUAGAAUUGUACAGCUUUUGAGGGUUAUUUCUUGGAAUUGAAACCAUGCAUUUAAAAGGGAUCUCCGUAGGAUGAGUGAGGUUGGAGCCCACACAUUCGGCCUUCAUGAUACUUGCAGUAGCAUUGCUUCAGACUCGACUUAUACAUUAACUGUGAAAUGUAUUGGCUUUAUGGAGUGGCAUUACAGUUUGGGUUAGUUAGGGGAACAUGUUGAUACAUUUUCCCACUUGCUACAGUAUAUCAUGUUUAUGCUCAUGUAAUGAAGGUCUAAUGUCUGGUACUUGAAUGCUAAGAUGGUAAAGGCUGGGGAAUAUGUGACAGUGCUGAAAUAAAUGCAUGGCAUUAACCCUCCUAAUGGGCUCUAUGUAUUACGUGUUUCUUUGCUAAGUGUCCAAUGCUCAGGGAACAAACGUUAGUGUCUUUACUAGAUUCUAUUUGCUCUAUCAAGAUAAAUGUAAACGUGUAAAACUGUAAAUAAAUGCCAAUAGUACUAUAUAGAUAGUGACUAACCAUUGUGUCCUAAGCAGCUCACUGGAGUGUUGUGGAGUGGAGUGGCUCAUUGAAACCCC